UUAUAUUUUUAAUUGUAAAGUAGUCGAAUAUCCAUUUGGUCGUUUUCUAGCUUCACAAUCACAUAGACACCAUUUUUUGUUUGUUUGACUUCAAACUCCGAUGCUUUUCUGAGCCUUCCUCUCUGCUUCGGUUCCCAAUACUAUCUCAAAGGGAAUAAAGAAGUAAAUUUCCCCAAGUUAUGAAUCGUAAUCCAAUCUCUAAUGGGUUUGUGAAACAUGUUCCUACUGAAGAAGAGAAGGCAAAGGUAGAGGAAGUAAGAAAGCUGUUAGGGCCAUUGCCGGAGAAACUCUCGAGUUUUUGUUCGGAUGAUGCGGUUUUGAGGUAUCUAAGAGCGCGUAAUUGGCAUGUCAAGAAAGCUACCAAGAUGCUUAAAGAAACCUUGAAGUGGAGAGUUCAAUACAAACCUGAGGAAAUCUGUUGGGAGGAAAUAGCUGAUGAAGCAGAGACAGGGAAGAUAUAUAGAUCAAAUUGUGUCGACAAACAUGGACGACCUGUUCUAAUUAUGAGACCGAGUGUUGAGAAUUCUAAGUCAGUGAAAGGCCAGAUUCGAUACCUUGUGUAUUGUAUGGAGAACGCGAUCCAAAAUUUGCCACCAGGGGAGGAACAGAUGGUGUGGAUGAUUGAUUUUAACGGUUAUAGCUUGGCGAAUGUAUCUUUAAGAACUACAAGAGAAACCGCUCAUGUAUUACAAGAACACUACCCUGAGCGAUUAUUUUUGGCCAUCCUCUAUAAUCCUCCCAAGUUCUUUGAACCCUUCUGGAAGGUGGCGAGGCCCUUCUUAGAGCCAAAGACAAGGAACAAAGUCAAGUUUGUUUACUCAGAUGACCCAGAAACAAAGCAGAUCAUGGAGGAGAACUUCGACAUGGAAAAAUUGGAGUCAGCCUUUGGUGGAAACGAUGACUCGGGUUUCAACAUUAACAAGCAUUCAGAGAGGAUGAAAGAGGAUGACAAGAAAAGACUUGCUUCCUUGGAGGACAUUCCUUCCACUUCUCUAGAAUCACUCAGCUUCUUAUCUGUCUCUGAUGGCGCCGCCUCUGACAGUGCUCACAUUGGCUCAGAGGAUGUCUCUGAGGAAGAGGGUCAACCUCGUGGUAUGAGUCCGAGAAAAGGAUCUAUCCCAUGAUGAGUAUUCAUUGUUUGUAACUUCAAGCACAUAUGAAAAUAUCUAAUUUGCACUAUCGUUCAAGAUUCUGUAUGUUUUUCCUCCGUGAUGAGAUUCAUUAAGUAAUAUAACC